UUUUUUUUAAUGUGGCUAAUCUGACACAGCAAAUACUGAUGGUGCUAUGUACUUGUUGUGCGGUUCUGUUUAUUUUUUGUGACAAAAAACUGUAAAUUAUUACAUUGAUUUUGUAUCUACAAAAUAAACUAACUAAAAGCAACGAAAAUGGGAGCGGCUGUUUUGGUGCUAUUUAGUUUCUGUGUUUUUAUCAGUCCAGUUCGAUCCCUGGACAAUGGUCUCGCGCUCAAGCCCACUAUGGGUUGGCUUCACUGGGAGAGAUUCAUGUGCAAUAUCGACUGUGACACGGACCCCAACAAUUGUAUCAGUGAGAACCUCUACAUGCAGAUGGCAAAUAUAAUGGUGACAGAGGGCUGGAAAGAGGCUGGUUACGAGUAUGUCUGCAUAGAUGACUGUUGGCCUAGUCACCAGCGUGAUGCCCAAGGACGUCUGCAGGCAGACUCCAAGAGGUUUCCCAGCGGCAUUAAGAAACUGGCCGACUACGUUCAUUCUAAAGGUCUAAAGUUAGGGAUCUAUGCUGACCUGGGAACAAAAACAUGUGGAGGCUUCCCUGGAAGUCUAGGAUACUACGAUAUUGAUGCUCAGACCUUUGCUGAUUGGGGUGUGGAUCUGCUCAAAUUUGAUGGGUGCUACAUGAAGUGGAAUUUACUGGGAGAAGGUUACACAAACAUGUCGAUCGCGCUGAAUAAAACUGGUAGGAGUAUUGUGUACUCCUGUGAGUGGCCACUGUAUGAGUGGCCGUACCAUCAGCCAGACUACUCUGCCAUACGAAAGGCCUGUAACCACUGGCGCAACUCUAUGGAUGUGGAAGACUCCUGGGCCAGUGUCAAGACCAUCCUGGAAUGGACAGCCGACCAUCAAAAUGUCAUCGUCCCUGUGGCUGGGCCUGGGGGCUGGAAUGACCCUGACAUGCUGGUAAUUGGGAACUUUGGCCUGAGCCACGCCCAACAAGAGUCCCAAAUGGCCUUGUGGGCCAUUAUGGCCUCCCCUCUACUGAUGUCCAAUGACCUGAGGGAUAUUUGUCCCCGGUCCAAGGAGCUGCUGCAGAAUAGACACAUCAUCGCCAUCAGUCAGGACCCGCUGGGCAAACAGGGCUAUCGCACUGCCAAGGUGAACAACUUUGAGGUGUGGGAGAGACCCCUAUCUGGUGGCCGGUUGGCGCUUGCAGUGAUGAACAAGUAUGAAACUGGUGGUCCUAGAGGCUUCCCUCUUACAUUGGCCACACUGCCAAGCUGGAAGAUUUGCACACCCCAGUGUAAUGUCACUCAGGUCCUGCCCAGCUACAAGGAACUGGGGAUCCAGACUCUCCUCAGCAAACUGGUAGUGGCCAUCAACCCUUCUGGCACAGCACUGUUGUCCAUCGCUCCACUAAAGGGUGACUUGAAAAACCAAUGGCUGUUAUGGAAGGACGUGUCCAGCAGGAACACACACAACUCAGUUCUUUAGUAUGGGCUAACAAUCAUGGACUGAUUGAAAUGCACCGGACAACUACAAUUUUAAUUCGUAGGCAUACAAAGUUGCUUAGCUUUUAAAUCAUAAUCCUCACCUUAAUAGUGACUGAUUCAGACCCCAGGGACACCAGAUAAGUGCAGUAAACUACCAGGUAGAAACAAAACAUUGUUCAAGCCCUUCAGAACCUAGAUAGUUUGCUUUUUAGCCCAUUUUGGUUUGGUGACACAAAUAAAGCCUAGUCCUGGACACAUUUUGUUUUACCUACAUUAAGAUGAAUCUGUCUGCAAAGCCAUCCUAGGUACAUAGGUUUAAUUAGUGCCCUGCUGUUGAAGGAUUAAACCCUGGUCAUGAGGUUUUUAAUUAUUUUUAUUUUAAAGUAUUUAAUAUAUUGGUACAUUGUUUUAACCUAAUUGUUCUUUUUACAAAAGGGAGAUUUGCUGGAUGGCUGAACUGAAUUUUCAGCUAUCAAAUCAAAUGUGAUAUUUUGAUUGAAAUAAAUAUUUCUUUGUGAAGUGUCA